AUGCACAUGUGGAAAAUACUGGCUAGCGUUUAUCCUGUACAAUUCUGUGAGGUUAGUCCUUACUACUGCCUCAAUGCUGGCUGCCCCAAAAAGCCACUAAGAGACUAUAUUGGUAUUCUGAAUAGCGAUGAAUUUCGCUGGCGUGCAAUCUUGACCAUUGCAACUACGUACUGUACUGCCACAGACCUGACUGCUAUACCAAACAUCAAGAAUUUGGUUGCCCUGGACGUUUACAGUGAACCAUACUCGUCUAAUAUUGCCCCGCUGGAUCCCGUGGGUGUUAGUAAUGACGGCCUCCCCUUGCAAGACGGAUUUGUGCGUGGUUGGAUUGAAUCCCAAGCACUACAGCACCUCCGCAUUCUCAGGUUUUACCACCAACGCGAAAUAACCAUUGCGGCAUUGGAAGCUCUACGGGAGCUGCCGGAGCUCCAGCUCGUUGUGGCAUACGAGUGUAAGAAUAUCACAGAGGCGAUUCAAAAAUAUGACAAGCCCGCGAAUGGCAUCAUUCCCGCGAAGGGAUGGUCAGCCUGCAGGCUUGAUUGGUUUUGGGAAAGCCAUGGAACGUCAAAGACAAUCGACGAUAAUCUCUUGGCUUUGCUUCAUGUGUACCAGUCUAGUCUCCUGGCAUCAGAAAACGAGGACCCGAGAACACCAUCAUCCCUACCAACGAGUCUCCCGAUUUUGGAGUUCAAGCUACCAACUGUCGAUCACAGCAGAAGAGACAGGGUAGUUUUCCGCUCUCGUUAUAAUGCGAAGUCAAUUGUAUUGUUUACUCGAGGUCCCGUGAAGCAAAAGCUCGAUGUCGAGAAGCAGCAACGCGCAAGAGAGAAGAAGCGGAGUGAGCCACCUGAAAAAGCAGAUCGUCCUUCCAAGCGAGCAGUCAUGAAAGAGAGGGGACCGAUGGACAUAUCAAAGACUUUGAAUCAAUUCUUCUAA